AGACUCAGACAAGUCUUGCUGUGCUCACCCGAACUCAGACAAUGUCCGCUUCUGCCCCAUAAACGCGGUGGCUGCGACAUUGAUCACACGCACUUGGACUCGACCAUAUCUGACUUCCAUAUCACAUUAUGGGCGUCUAGAAGAGACGCCGGGUACAGGAUCCUUAUAUACUCCCCCUGCGCCCGGAGUCCCCUUUCUCACCCUGACUCGAACUUACACCACCAUGAAGACUCAAGGAGAGCUCAUUAGCCUGUCCCAGGGUUACGAUCUCCCCUCAAGCAACAUCACCUCGCAAAAGCUCUUCGAAGAGCUGCGUCUCACGGCGCUUGACGCCAAGCAUGCAUCCUCGCCCCUACUCCCCUUCUUCGCAGACGAAUGCCUCAUGUGCAUGCAGAUAACCGAGAACGCGAUGUCUGAGGCUUCGCUUCCUGCGGCCGAGGAGGCACUAAUCAAGGAUGAAGGCCUAUACAAACACACACGACCCCCACGCAACCCCUAUCCACUCGUUGUAGGCCUCGUCUACCUCACCAGCACACCCCAGCAGUCCCACUCGGCCGAGGCCAACGUCGGAAUCAUCAUCGACCGGCCCUUCCGCAGGCACGGGUACGCCCGCGAGGCGCUGGAGCUCGUGCUCACCUGGGCGUUCGACGAGCUGAAGCUGCACCGCGUGCAGGCGGCCAUCAUCGACACGGCGGUGAAGCACCGCCCGUCCGGGCUGUUCAUGGGACUCGGGUUUCAGCACGAGGGCAUGCGCCGCCGCGCGGUGCUCGUCGACUGGGAGACCGAGCCGGGCACGCAGGGCGGCUAUAGUAUGGACGGCGACGGCCGCGCGGCGGUGUCCAGGCCGCAACAGGGGUGGAGGGAUGUGACGUAUCUUGCGAUGCUCGAUACGGACUGGAUGCUGCGCCGCACGGCGCGCAAGGGGAAGGCGGCGGAGGUGGGCGAGCCGGUGCAGCGCAGAUCGCUUUGGGAUGAGAUGUUCCUUAGACAUGCGCGUGAGCGCGAGGAGCUGGCUAUGUGGGAUGACCGCCGGGCGACGCUGCGGAGAAGCGAUAGUUCCGAGACGAUCAGGCAGGAUGCUGUGGAUGCUGUGAUGGAGGCUGCUGCGCCGGAGGAGGCGCCGGUGAGCAGGAUCCAGAGCGGAGACGAGAACCCCGAGGAGAGGAUGGAGGAGAAGCGCGCGCUGAUGAAGCAGAUUAGCAGGUGGUUCGCGGGGUAUUCUACGUCUGCGGCGGUCUCCACCGCGUCGCUAUCGCGCUCGCCGUCAGCGUGCUCGUCGAGGGAAUCAGAUCUGGGCAAAGAGAUUGAGCAGUCGCCGUGGGCGACUCGCUUGGACUACUCUUCGACGUUCAAGCAAGCUCCAGCGCCAUCUGACGAACAUCUCAAGCAGGAGUUGGAUCGGUUUGAAGAGGACCUGGAGCAGUUGUAUGGGGCCAAGUUCAUCGAGUCCCGAGCGGGACCUUCGACACGCCCAGGCACCAUCGGGAGCAUCCCCUCGGUCCCGCUCUCUGCUGAAACGGCUACCGCACGCCCGACCACGUUUAGCACCAUCCCCUCCGAUUACCAAUUCCCUGCUUCGCGCAUCCGCUCGUGGUCCUCCGACAUGGCACUCCUCCCCGGACCGGAACACAUCACGCCUUUCCCAGAUCGCGCGCCCUCGCGCGCAUCGAGCGUCGCGUCCGAGUUCUCCUUCGGCUCGCCCGCCGAGCAUUACCGCGACAGCCGAUCGGUGUCGCCCGCGUCGACGUCUUCCUUUGGCUUGUUCCAUCCGCCGCCUGAGCGCUCGCGCUCGCCGUCGGCGGGGUCGGAGUCUAGCUUCUUGUCGAUGGAGAACGGCGGGAACGAGCGGGACGGGGGCUUGAUGCGCAACCCGUUCAGCCCGGGGUCGGACUUGGGCUCGUCGGCGAGCGAUCUGAUUGACUUUGAGAACGCGGCGGCGAUGGCUAGAGAGUUCGACCACGGGGGGCAUGGUAUGUCUCCUGGUGAGAUGUUCUCGGGUGAUAGGAGUGCGGCAGGUUCGCCGGCUGGGAGCUCGCCGUCGUAUGCGAGCGUGCGUCUUCCCCAGAGGAGCGUUGGAGGGCUCUCGAUGUCGCGUCCGCUGGACGUGCGGAGUGUGAGCAGCGGGAGCGAGUGGGAUAUGGUCAGUGACCGGGAGGCUGAUGUUACAGACAUGAGGGAGAACUAGAACAGCGAGAUACGUCGUAUUGUUGGCAAUAGGUUGGUGGACGCAAGAGCUGGCGGUUCAUGUAUGCCACUGGCGGCUGCUGGGUUAGUGUAGGAUUAGAUGGGUCUGAUAACAAAUAUUAUAGGAAAUUACACACGCAUGUGCAUACCCCACAUAUACAUCAUACAGGUUUCUUCUCUUACAC